AUGGCAUUCAUGAUGCAUAUCUCAUCUCAUGUCUCCUUGACAGAUUACGCACUCGAGCGCAGCGGGAAACUGCAACACCAACCGGUCGAAUUUUGGGAUGAUUUUAAGGGCGGAUUCAUGGAUCAUUUGGAAGAAAUUAACGCACAUCUAGAAGCUGCUGGUCGCCCUAUUCUGGAUGUGGAGCAUCGCCAAUAA